ACCAUGGACAUUACAACAGGUGCUUGCGGUCUGUCGCCGUCCACCGCCACGUCAGGUAACUCCCUCACUCCGGCAGAGAACGAUGACGGAGGUAUCCAAACAAACCCGGAAGUUGACAGCGAUAGUGGGCAUGACCGUGAUCUCCCCCCUAUACCUGACCAGCCCAGCUCCAGCGUGACAAGUGAUGACGAGUGCAAGGUGAAGUGUGACAUAGAUAACGUAGAGCCACUAUCUGAACCCAAGAGCACUAUGGCACCCAAUUUAGUAAAGGAAAAUAGUAUUUCCCCUGCUGAACCUCCCUGUAAGCCGCCGAGAACCAAGAAACGAAGCCUCUCCACACAACAACCCGAAGUGAAUGACAACAAAAUCCUUGAGAAAAAUGCAAUAAAAUCACUACCGCAAAAUCAGAAAGAUCCCGAUGAUAAACCACCAAAGAAUCUUGAUGAUAAACCCGAAAAGGACAAAGUAGUAGACAUGAGUGGUGAGAAAGACUCCGGUGUAAAGCUCAGGAAGGAACUGGGCUUGGUUGACUGUGUUGGUCUCAUCGUCGGCAACAUUAUUGGUUCUGGCAUCUUUGUUUCCCCCGGAGGUGUGCUGCACUACUCGGGCAGCGUUGGCAUGUCCCUGGCUGUGUGGGUCGCUUCUGGGUUCGUGUCCAUGGUAGGGGCUCUCUGCUACGCCGAAAUGGGUGCAAUGAUCCCUCAGAGUGGGGCGGAGUACACCUAUCUACAUGAAGCCUUUGGACCUCUACCUGCUUUCCUUCAGGUUUGGAUAUCGGUUAUGAUCGGUAUACCAGGAAACAGAGCGAUUGGGUCACUCACCUUCGCUAAUUACGUCCUGCAACCCUUCUUCCCGAGCUGCCAGGGUCCUCCCGAUUCUGCUCUUAGGAUCGUGGGAGCUCUUCUUAUAGUUACGCUGACGUAUAUCAACUCAAGGAAGGUGAAGUGGGCGACAACGGUGCAGGAUGUGCUGGCGCUGACGAAGGUGUUGGCUCUCAUUAUGAUCAUCGUCGUAGGAAUCAAUCACCUUGCCAGAGGACGAUCCGAUAAUUUCGCUGACCCUAUGGCUAACACUAACUGGAACCCGGCUUUUAUUGCUACGGCGUUCUACCACACACUCUACGCCUACAGUGGUUGGGACAGCCUUAACAUGAUCAUGGAGGAGCUCAAGGAUCCCUUCAGAAACAUGCCCAGAGCUAUCGCCAUCUCCCUCUGCUCUGUCAUGGUCAUCUACAUCCUCACCAACGUCGCCUACUUCGCCGUCCUCACGCCACAUGAAAUCCUCUCCUCAACUGCCGUGGCGGUGGUUUUCGGAAAUCUGACCUUGGGUGUCAUGGCCUGGACGAUUCCGAUCUUCGUGGCGUGUUCGACAGGCGGGGGACUCAACGGGAGUAUCUUCGCAAGCUCCCGGUUACUCUUUGUCAGCUCCAGACGCGGUCACCUCCCAAGGGCUCUAUCCUUCGUGCACACCGAGCACUACACCCCAGUCAUCGCCCUCGUAUUUUCGGCCUGCAUCUCUAUGUUGAUGUACGUGACCUCUGACGUGCGAGUUCUCAUCAAUUACCUCUCCUUCGCCCAUAACCUGCUCGGGCUUGGCUGCAUCGCUGCUUUCUUCUGGUUCAGAAUAAAACAACCAGAUCGCCCCAGGCCCAUUAAGGUAUGGAUUGGCUUCCCUAUCGUUUUCUUCUUCAUUUCGUUGUUCCUGACUGUGUUUCCGAUCAUACGUCAGCCGCUGGAGGUAUUGGUGGCCUUAGUCGUCUUCGGGACAGGUAUUGUCGUGUAUUACUUGGCCAUCUACCGGGAGAAAAAACCCAAGAGACUCAUGCGGACUAUGGACAAACUGACGUACGUGUGUCAGAUGUUGUUCCUGGUUGUGCCGGAAGAAAAGACGAGUUGAGGCCAGACACAGCAUCUCGUUUUACCGAAGAACAAGAGAAUGACUGUGGAACUUUGAAGUGACUGAUGUCUGACUGAGGAAUAGGAUUAGAACUAUAAACAUCAGCAUCUAAUAAGAACAUCAUCAUUACGCGCGAUGUUUAAGCACAACAUCAUGUCGCGGCCUAUCUGAAUGUACUGCAUGAGACUAAAAUGGAGUGGAGGUUGUGGAACAGUUCACAAUAGAGAGUUUUUUAAAAUACUGUUUAUGAGCCUCCUGCUGACAGUGGACACAGGAGAUCUGCAGUAUGGGUUAACUGUGGACAAGAAAUUUCCCCAGUCUGUGCACAAUCAUUCCACAGACCCACAGGAUAAAGAAGACUCAUCACAGGAGACUAGGAAGUUCUCCAGAAGGAACGCAGGAACUUUGACAGUAAAUACGGAUCUCUACAUUUGAUGCAGGAGCUGUCCUUAGUAGGUACAAGAACCUACCUCAGUGAAUGUAGUCAUCCAACACUUCCGUCCAUUACGAUACGUAUUCCAGCUGACUCAGAGCCGCACUUUCCUCCCGUACAACUAGGAGCGCUGUGAACUCUCAGGAAAUUAUGAGAAAUAGACAAAAGACAUGGAUAUUUUUUUUAUUCUUUACUUUAGUCAAGAAUAUUCGAGAUAUAAAUUUUAACGUAAAAUGAAUUCAUAUUUAACUAUUAUUUAAAAGUACAAAAUGAAAUCCGAAAUUCAUCAUCGCUAAUGCCCAGAAUUGUGUCAGAAUAACCUUGCAUGGUUCCCAACGCAGACUUUCUGUAUUUGGAAAUGUAUUUCACUUAUGUGGAAUCAGAAGUCCCACUUAAUAUUCCUUCAUGAGAUGUUCGUGGAGAGCGCAGAUGUUAAAACACUGUCACUCAUAAAACACACCUGCCACUCAAAAUAUAUUCUUGACACUCAUAAAACACUCUUGCCACUCAUAAAACACUCUUGCCACUCAUUAAACACUCUUGCCACUCAUAAAACACUCUUGCCACUCAUUAAACACUCUUGCCACUCAUAAAACACUCCUACCACUCAUAAAAAAACUCCAAGAUAUUUCUCAAAGUAGAGUCGUCGUUGUUAAAACUCUCCAGUGACCAUUAACAAGCAUCAUGGUACUCUUCUAACAUUACACCAGGUAUAUUGUUUCCUCAACUGUUACAAGACAGUGAAAGUAUAUCGUGACAAGGAAGUCUAUGGGAAUGACUGACCUGCAUAAUGAAAACUAUAACUGAAAGAGAUGAUGGAAAAUGCAAAAAAAAAAUAUAUAUAUAUGUUUAUCUUAAUAUUAUCAUGAACUGUGUUGUACUGUGAUAUACAGGGUAUAUACAUUUUACCAUACAGUAUAUUUAAUGUUUAAUUGGGUUUUAUUGUUAUUGAUAUGUUUGUAUUUCAUGAUAUGCUGUAUAUUUCUGUUGGGUGUUAUAUAAUACUAGAUUUUUUUAAUUGUUAUUAAUGUCCCAGUGAAUACCUUGAAAGACAAUGUUGAAUAAUUUUUUUACUUUUCACUCUAUUCUUAAAUCAAAUGGUAGACCAGUUCAACCUAUCUACUAACUUUUAUACUUUAAUUCUACCUAUUUACUAACUCUCAUUGACCAAGUCUACCUAUUUACUAACUCUCAUUGACCAAGUCUACCUAUUUACUAACUCUCAUUGACCAAGUCUACCUAUUUACUAACUCCUAUAGACCAAUUCUACCCAUCUACUAACUCUUAUAGACCAUUUAUAUCUAUCUACUGACUUAUUAUAAAUCAGAUUAUAUGAGAUACACUGCUGCUAUAACGUAUUAUAAACCGUAAGAAUAAACGCUGUUAAAUCUU